GAAAAAAGAACUUUGGAUAGCCUUUUAGAUAAUCCUUCUCAUUCGACUUUAGUCAGCAAUAGUGUGUUUAAUUCACCAGGCACGCCUAAUAGCUGCAGUUCUGUCAAGCGUGCUCCUUCGCUCCUACUCAACAAUAUUCCUUUCAGAGGCGUGAACCCAUUUGAUUACCGAAAAGACGAUGUUAGAUUAGGUGUCGCUGCUCUUCAAAGUGAACUGGAUGGCUUCAAGGCUGCUCUGGAGAAUACAGAACGUUUGGUAAGACGUGUACAAGCCGAUGUUGAUCAAACUCGAUCUCGCAUGGAACUUUUGAUCAAGAAUAUACCGGAAUCAAAUUUCUCUGCUUUAAAGAGACUCGAAGUAGAUAUAGAAUAUAUUCUGGCAAGUAGAGCUAAAAAUCCAUGGCUUGAUACAGCGUAUGCUCUCCUAUCAUAUUUGUUGACAGUAUUUGCCCUUGGCGUGUGGACGGUAAUUUGUAUACUAAAAUACGGGCGAAGGGUUUUUUCUUUUCCUUGGAGGCUGUGGAGAGAUUAUAAAGCACACAUGAGGGAAAGAAACAAGGCUGUCAAACAAGCCAGUUUGUAUUCCUUGUCUGGAACGUCAUCUUCACGGGCACGUCAAAUAUGA